UCAUACAGGUCUACCGAUUAACUUAUCUACUUUGCCUUAAAGAAUUCCCUAAAUGAAAGUCCAUGUGCUUUCGGCUGGCUUCUUUGUAGAUGGGGGGUUGUAUUUGGUCCAGUGUCUCCUCCCUCUUUCUUGUGAUUCCCAGCCCUGUGACACAGACUUUGUGAGUGCUUUCCUUCCUUGUGUUGGAGCUGCAGCUGCUGCAGUCAUGGCUGCUGAUGGAAUUGACGAGCGCUCCCCUCUCAUUUCUCCCAGCUCUGGCAAUGUCACCCCUACGGCACCUCCAUACAUCCAUGAAAACAACCUGCAAGCUGAACUGCCACCUCCAUAUACAGCCAUUGCCAGCCCAGAUGCCGGCGGUGUUCCUGUGAUAAACUGUCGCGUGUGUCAGUCUCUUAUUAAUUUGGAUGGCAAGCUUCAUCAGCAUGUGGUGAAAUGCACAGUCUGCAAUGAAGCCACGCCAAUCAAAACCCCUCCUUUAGGAAAGAAAUAUGUCAGGUGUCCUUGUAAUUGUCUUCUUAUAUGCAAGGAUAUAUCACGGAGAAUAGGAUGUCCAAGACCAAACUGCAGACGUAUCAUUAAUCUUGGCCCUGUGAUGCUGAUUCCUGAAGAGCAGCCAGCCCAACCCGCUCUGCCAGUGCAACCAGAAGGUACCAGGGUAGUAUGCGGUCACUGUGGGAACACAUUUCUGUGGAUGGAGCUGAGGUUUAACACACUGGCAAAGUGCCCCCACUGCAAAAAAAUGAACUGGCAAGUCCCCAGAAUUGAAAGGAAAAAUGGAUCAGCUCCAGGAAAAGCUUUCAGAUCAUCUGUUGGUAGCGCACUCCCGCGUAGACGCUGUUGUACAUAUAUCACAAUGGGAAUGAUCUGCAUCUUUAUUGGCGUUGGUUUAACGGUCGGCACGCAAGAUUUUGCUCGGCGCUUCCAUGCCACAUACGUCUCCUGGGCUGUUGCUUAUCUUGUAGGCUUAGUAUGUUUUGUUCGUGCUUGCUAUUGGGGAGCCAUAAAAUUCAGUUAUCCAGAACAUAGCUUUGCUUAGAAGAAUGCAAAAGCUAUUCUGGAUCUCAUUUUUAAAACUUGGCUGCAGAGAUACAAGACCCUGCCCUGCCGUUCUCCCCAGCCUUGAAAUGUCUCAACAUCUUUAUCUAGACAUUCUUAACCCAUUUCUAGUAGGCUGAGGAACGAAGAAACUGUUUGAGAAAAUAUCCAUUGCACUAUAUUGUAUGCAAAUAGUUUUGUUUUGCUGCUAGACUUCCAGGCUCUGAAUACCUAAGCCGUGUUUAUAUGUACAGAUGUGUGUGCAUCGUUACAUAAUGCCAUUGUGUUACGUUCAAUUUCCGUUUUUGUUACAAUUUAAUUUUUCCUUUUUGUAUCAUUCCGUGGGACUCGUAACUGUUUAAAACAAGUUGGUUUCACUACAA